AUUAAUAACUGUGUCGGAGAACUCAAUCAGAAAUACUUCAUUCAAUUCCUUAUAUACACAGGGACGGCUUGUACUUAUGUAAUCAUUUCAAUUAUUGUGGCGUUCCUUAGAUCCAAACUGGAUUCACACCAAAGAAUGAUACACACGAGUGUAUUACUCAUUGAAGCCCUGCUAUUCGGUCUGUUUGUGGUGGCAGUGCUCACGGAUCAGUUUCAGGCCAUUUGUGCCAAUGAGACCGCGAUUGAUAGGUAUUUGACUCAACACUCAUCCAAAGCAAACAAAACCCAAAAUAAGACUAAACUCAAGUCCAAGAAAUUAAUGGCAGAGGUGUGCGGAAAGGGACCUAUGAUUUGGUGGCUCUUUCCAUGCGAUCUUAAUCAACGAUACAAUAAAACAGACAAUAAUUCACAUUUCGUUGUA